AUGGAGCAUUACGAUUGUAUCAUGGAGCAAGAAGCUUUGGGAAAAGGCAAUUGCAGGCGACACAUAAUGGGAGAAGCUGUCCCAGGAAAGGAUGAACACAAGUGCCGAGGAGUCAAAUCUUACCGCGCUUGUCUCGCUCCCCAUCUGAAGAAGAACUGUGGUCUUGCAGCAGUCAAAGAAUUCGAUGCUAGUGUACUUCAGUUUGGCUGCUCAGUCUAG